AUGGUUGCUGAUGCUCUUUUUGUUCUAUCCAAGAUGAAAGAUUUGAAUCUUCAAGUUUCAAUAACGACAUAUAAUAGUGUGUUGCUCUGCUUUACUGAUGUUUACAAUGAAAUAAAAGCUUCCCAAAGUAAAUACAUAAAUCCUAUCCUUAUCAAUGGUCUAUGCAGACCAAUCUUGGUGCGAGAAUCUGGAACUUCUGUUGUUUGCUUCAAUUCCAGAUUGAGAGGAUCGGAGAUCAUAGUUUCCAAUUUAGGGGACUGCAGAGCAGUUCUUUGUAGGAGUGGAGUAGCUGAAGUCCUUACGAGAGAUCAUAGAGCUAGACAAGAGGAUGAGAGGAGAAGGAUCAAGGAUAAGGGAGGCUACGUUGAGAUUCACCGAGGAGCUUGGAGAGUUCAUGGUGUACUCUCGGUUUCCAGAAGCAUUGGAGAUGCUCAUUUGAAGGACUGGGUAGUGGCCGAGCCUGACACAAAGAUAAUGUGCCUUACUACAGAUAUGCAAUAUCUUGUUUUAGCUUCAGAUGGACUUUGGGACAAGGUUGAGAACCAGGAAGCCAUAGAUAUGGUGAUGCAAUCAUGUCAACCGGGACCAAAAGAUGUUGAUUUAAAAGAAAAUGUGUUUGAAUUUGAUUGUAUUAGCACUAGUCCCUCUUCAAAGUUAAAGAGAAUUUCUCUAGUGAAGUCAAACAAAGGAAACGAAUGCGAUUUUGACACUGAAAAUGGAAGUCCUGCACAAAAGUCUUUGAGGAUUUCAUUGGCCAAGUCAAGUAGUAGAGCCUCAGGCUACUCUCCCUGCUCUUACAGAAGUGCUGAUAUCUGGAAAGAAACAGAUGAUGAAUUCAGCAGAGAAACCGAAACUCCAUUGAAGGCUCAAAGAAUUUCACUGGCCCAUUCAAGUAUAAGGGCAGGCUGCUCUCCAUGCUCUACUAAAAGUGUUGAUGCCUAG